AGGCACUGCUAUCUUCAAAGCCGCCCUGGCUGGCCAGCUAGCAAGGUGGCUAGUAAGGAGUCUGAAGCCUCAGCAGCAGCAGGUAAAAAGUGGCGACGCGGUGAACUAAGGGGCUGGCAAGUGGGGAGGAGAUGUCUGGUGUCGACGUUCCCGAGCUCAGUUUGGCCGCCUCGCUCCAGCAGUGAGCAUGGCCCUCCUCUUAUGGAUCAAACAGUGGUGCUCUGUACUUUGGCGGCCUUCCUCCUCUACUACAAUACGUUGCACGCCGAUUUUGCAUACGAUGACAGCCGGGCAAUCAAAACGAAUCCGGAUGUGAAUCCGUCGACGCCGUGGAUCAACUUGUUGUUCAAUGACUUCUGGGGCACGCCGCUGACCCAUUCGGGCUCGCACAAGUCCUACCGCCCGCUCUGUGUUCUCUCCUUCCGUUUCAACCAUUGGCUGCACGAGCUGCAGCCAGCUGGAUAUCAUUUGUUCAACGUCGUGCUCCACUGCCUGGCCACGGCCCUCUUCACCCUCCUGGCGCGCUCCCUCCUACCCCCCAAAGCUGGGCUGGCCACGGCCAUUGCCGGCUGUCUCUUCGCCGCCCAUCCCAUCCACACCGAGGCCGUGGCCGGCAUCGUCGGGCGGGCCGAUAUCGGCGCCGCCGUCUUUUUCAUUCUCGCCUUCCUCUCGUACCGACGCUACACGGCCGUUCGCUCCGGCCUGGCCCACCUGCGCCGACAGCAGCUAAUCAGGACCCAAUCGACGCGAUCAAUUUCCAGCCAUAAAUGUAGCAACAAUAACAGCCACGGUAGCGGCGGCGGCAGUUCAUUGCCGCCGCUGCGCUCGUUCCUGUCGGCCGCAAUCUUUACGUCCAUCAAGUGGAAUGGCGACGAUCAAGUUGGCGGAGAAUUACUGCGACCCAACACCCUGCCAAGAAGCGGCGGGCCGGCAUGUGGAGGACCCAAUUUGACUGUUCUGGUGGCCAGAAAGUGGCUGUGGCUCCUGGUGACGCUCCUCUUCGCCGCCUGCUCCAUGCUCACCAAGGAGCACGGCAUCACCGUUCUGGCCGUCUGCGCCGUCUACGACGUUUUCGUUCAAUCUCGACUCAAGCCUAAGGAUUUAUUUUCGUCCGUCCUGUUCCAGGAAAAGUAUCGAGGACUAUCUGAAGGAUUGUCGACUCUCUUCAUGGGCACCCUGUUGAUGGUGGCCGUCCGUCUGCAGCUAAUGGGCUCCAAAGCGCCCGAGUUCGCACCUGCCGACAACCCGUCGGCCGAUUGCCCGUCGCGUUUGACCCGCACUCUCACCUUCCUCUACUUGCCGGCCUUCAACUUGUGGCUACUCGUCCAGCCCACCGUCCUCAGCUUCGACUGGUCCAUGGAGGCCAUCCCGUUGAUCCACAGCCUGGCGGACAUCCGCAAUUUGGCCACGGCCAUCUUCUACUUGACUCUAGCCUAUCUCGGAUGGAACGCCCUGUUCCGGCGGCGGGACUUUGACGACAAUUGUGGAGAUCUGCGCUCGGCUUCCGCCUCGCCCGUUCCUGGCUCCGCUUCUUCGGUUCUCAGUGGCAACUUGAUCUCUUCGCCCCUGCCGGGCGAUUCGUCUUCCUCUUCGCUAGUGCGAGGCACCAACGGAUGCGUCCCGUCGGUGGCGGAUGCCGUUCUGGGAGUCCACUGCUACUCGUCGCCGUCGUCGGCUGUGGGUUGCUACGGCAAUGGCAACGGCAGCACAAGCGGCAGUCUCAGCAGUAGCUCCUCGCUUCGAUCGGAGAGGACGAGAUGGUCGUCCAACAGUUCCGUCGACGUGGACGGGACUGGCGCCGGCCGGAAGAGCGGAGUGGAUUUGACUGUGAUAGCCUUGUCGAUGCUGGUGUUGCCCUUCAUCCCCGCCACCAAUCUCUUCUUCUACGUGGGUUUCGUCGUGGCAGAGCGAGUCCUCUACAUCCCGUCCAUGGGCUAUUGCCUCCUGGUGGCGUUGGGCUUCCACCUGAUCGACGACUGCCUCCGUCAGAAGCAAGUGCGACUCAAACAGCAGCAGCACAAGGAGCGACACAGGUGGAAGCAGAUGCAAGCCAGCAACUCUCUUCGGCUCCUGUUUCGCUGGGCAUUUGUUCUUCUACUCGUCGUCUACUCGGCCAGGACCAUCCAGCGAAACCGAGACUGGCACACGGAGGAAACUCUGUACCGCUCGGGAAUCAGCGUCAAUCCUCCAAAAGCAUACGGAAAUUUAGCAAACAUACUCAGUUCGACCGGACGUAAGGAUGAAGCCGAACAGGCUUACAAGAAGGCUCUCAGCUAUCGAAAUAACAUGGCGGACGUCCAUUAUAAUUUGGGUAUAUUGUAUCAAGAGCAGAAACGUUACGAAGAGGCUAUACAGUCCUACCGAUCGGCGGUUCACUAUCGUCCUCGAAUGGCCAUGGCUCAUUUGAACAUGGGUCUAGUCCUGGCUUUGAUGGGCAUGAAAGACGAGGCGAUCGAGGUGUACAGACGCUGUUCGCAGCUCGACGGAUCCGGCUUGAAGGACCCACGGACCCACGAGACCACCAAGAUUUCGGCCCUUUUCAAUCUGGGUCGUCUUCACGCUGACGAUGGCCAGUACACAAAGGCCAUCGACGUCUACAACGAGGCUAUUCAACGCAUGCCGACACAUUACCAGCCCCAGUCGCUGUACAACAUGCUGGGGGAAGCCUACUUUAAGCUGGAUCGGCUGAAGGAAGCGGAACACUGGUACCGUGAAGCCCUCCGCGCUAAAGCCGAUCACAUUCCGGCUCAUCUGACCUAUGGGAAACUUCUCACCAAAAUGAAUCGUCUCAGCGAGGCUGAGGACAUGUUCCUGCGUGCGAAAUCCCUGUCACCCAACGAUUCGACCGUCUAUCAGCAUUACGGUCAAUAUUUAUCGGAAUGUGAGAGACACACCGAAGCGGCAGAGCAAUACGUCCGAGCUGCUUCACUCGCGCCAACUGAAUAUGAAACCGUUUUUAACGCAGCCAACACGCUUCGCCAAGCAGGCAGGCACUCGGAGGCUGAACAGUAUUACAGAUCCGCCGUUAAAAUCCGGCCUUUGGAAGCGACAAGUCACAUGAACUUGGGUGCGAUGCUUCACGUCAAUGGCAAGUUAACAGAAGCCGAGCAAAGUUAUCUAGAAGCUUUACGGCUCAAACCAGACGAUCACAUCACUCGGAUGAACUUGCAGAAGUUACGUCACCUGUUGAUGAAGAAAGGUAUCGUGUCCUCUUCCUCUCAUUCGUCUCCCCCUUAGUGAAUGGUGCGGGCCCGACGGAGAUGACACGCCAACUCGCGUGAUGGUGACCCUUGUAUCGCGUGCUGUGUACCCCCAGAAGACUGGGCACUGUGGAUUAUCAUUUUUCCUUGGCCGAUGGCUCGCUGAUCAUGCUCUUCCCAUGACAAAGACGUGAGGAGAGUCGAACCAAUCGAACCUGUGAUAGAAUAUUGUACGAUGUGUAUUAGUACAUAACUCCCUGUCACGUAUGCUGAUGAUACGUAAACCUUUUCAGUUUUCACCAACUCUUGCGCACUUUGCUAAGAAUGAGAGAACCCGGUACUGUCAGUGACUAAUUCUGACAUUCUGACUAGUUUCUUGCUCUCUGUAGUAUUUAUUCCCACAUAAAAAGGCGCUAUAUAAAUUAAAGAAAUAAAUUUCUUCCUCGCCACAAUUUGCCUUUAAACCGCUAUAAAUGGAUUUUUUAGAGAUUCAUACAGUUAAUUUUUCUCGGCCACUUUAGAAUGUUAUAUUUCAAAAGUUCGUAUUCAAAUUUGGGACCAGUUCAAUAAAAAAAAUCAUACAAAAAGAAAAAAAAAACAACAAAAAUACAAACAAAAAAACAAAACAAACAAAACAAAACAAUAAAAAAAUCAAAAUGUACGUAAACCCAAAUGUAGUCUGUCACGAUUUUUUUCUUCGUCGUUCAAAUUAUUUAAAAUUGUUUGUUUUAAAAGUUUUGCGACUAAAACAAUGAUGUCCUGGGGAAUUUUGUAAGACUUUUACGACAAAAGAACCAAAGAAAAAACAAAACAAAAAAGAAGCAAGUUACAUGAAAUCCACAUUUCCCGCUGGUUAGACAGAAACAAAGUAUCAACGUAUCAACACUUUAUUAACAAAUUCGAUUCAUAUGAAAGAAAAGCAAUACUUUCCUUAAUGUAGUCCUUCGUCAUUUUGUUGUCAAACCAAUGGCUGAUCAGAACACGGCUACGUGUUCAGAACAAAAAUCAAAAUAAAAUACACUUUUUAAAAGAG